UUGUUUAUUUUAUAGCAAACUCGCGAGAACACUGCCAAAAAUAUACAUAAUAGUACUAAUUUAUUUUCAAUAAAUUCAAAGAUAAAUGGAAAGCGAAAAUUCGUGUUUGAGAGAUCAGUAGAAAUUAUGGAUCCAAGAAGAAAUAACGACAAAAUAAUAGAUUUCUCUAAUAUAUCACUUUCUCCACGUGAAUCUACAACAAUUAAUAGAAAUAUUAUGAAUUAUUUUGUUCUACGUAAUAAUUCCUUGGCAAGUUACGGUGAAUUUAGAAUUUUACCAAACGUUUCAAAUACCAAGGAGCAAAAAGUUCAACCGCGAUCAUCGGAAGUUGCAUCAUUAAAUGAAGAUAUUGAUAUGAAAAUGAAAACUCACCCAUCACACACAUACAGUGAGACCGUACCUAUGGAAAUGGAGAAUAGCGAUCAAAGUCAAAGACUUUCAACACAAAUUAACGAAGACUCUUUCGAAAAAAAGAAAUUACUACUGGAAUUGAAUUCCAAUAGUAAAUUGAUUGCCGUACCAGGAACAACACAUAGAUUACUUUUCGAUGCUAUGAAUAAUUGCAUACUACCGGUCAGAUAUGCGAUUCGAGCGAGAAGUUCAUCGUUUAGAAUUUAUAAUAUUGUACCAACAUACAUGUGGUUGUAUCCGGGACAGACUGAUCAGGUAGCUGUAGAUAUUCUUGUUCCACCAGGGAACCAAGAUACUGUCAAUACACUUACACUAUCUAUCGGUGGUACAGAAAUAGCCGAAAAAACAGUAAAUAUUUAUGUUCAAAAUACAUUUUCCAAGAUCCUCGAUAAUGUAAAGCCGACAAUUGAAUUUUCGUUCAAUAGUAAUUGUGCUGGUAAAUUAGACAAAGAUCGCUGUGAAAAGACACUUUGGAGUGCUGAUAUCACUGUUCAAGAUUAUGACUCAGGAUUAAAACGUGUAAUAGCAAUUCCUAAUGGAGUAUAUGCACGCACUAAUUAUGUAAGUGGUACGAAAGACCGUGUCACAUUUUAUUACUCGUCAACAUGCUGCAUUACAACAGCUACAAUAACAGCAAUAGAUAUCGCUGAAAAUCAGUACACUCGUAGUAUUGAUGUAACAGCAUGGAACAAUUUGGAGACUGGUGAAGUAGCAGCUAUUGUACUUGGUGCACUACUUCUUUUAUUUCUUUUAAUACUUCUCAUAGUUGGAAUAGUUUAUUGUGUUCGUAAAAGAAAAAGUGAAGAUCUACCUUAUACACAAAGAUAUGGGUCUAGACAACAGCCUGCUCGAUCCGAAAGAACAAGCUUCUAACAAUGAUUGUAAGAAUCAACUGUAAUCUCGUUAUGACCAUAUUAUAAAAAUUGUAAAUGAAACUUUUAAAAUAUUAUUCUCUGUGUGUAAAUAAAUAUAAUAUUUUAUUA